ACUCUUGAGCUUAAUUAUCAGUGACCACUACUUUUGUAGGUCGAGCUUUUAUGACAGCCCUGUUGCUUGUCUAAACACCGACUUGUUGGGUGAUCUCUUUCCCUUCUUUCCUUCUUGUAUAUAGAGUGCUUCACCAAAGCUAAGUCUUAUUAGUCUUGAAGUAGAUGAUUAUAUAUGGCUUUUCCAUUACAACUUCUCACAUUACAAAAACUUGUGUUGCGCCUUGUCAGAUGCGUGCUCGCAGCAGCUGUCUCUCCAUUCACUCUGCUGUUCAAACGAGCAUACUGUCAACCUGAAAAAGAAUUCUCAGAUGACUCUGUGUUGGAGUCUCGCCCUAAUUAUGCUUCACUAGUACAGCUUCCUGUCCAUUUUGUCAUCGACUCGAUCAAGGAGCGAUUGCCAGUUAUCAAAUACAGUAACUUCCUUGAGAGGCCAGGAGGUCGAUGGUAUGAUUCAUCUGAAGAAGCUACCUCACAGAUGUGUGCUGUGUGUUUAGCACUAGUGCAUGCUAGUGAUGAGGUCAGGGAGCUGUGCAACUGCUCUCAUAUUUUUCACACAAAGUGCCUUGAUGGUUGGGUCGAUCAAGGCCGAAUCACUUGCCCUUUGUGCAGGUCCAAGCUGUGGCCUGACCUGAAUUAUGGCAAGUCCAAGGGCAGCAGUGGAGAUCCGUGGAGGAGAGAGAGGAUGGUUUACUUGUUUGGGGAAGAUUGAUGCAUGUUUUCUGGAGUACCUCUCAAAUUUAAAGACUUGCUCUACUUAAGGAGGACUUCUCUUUGACAAGUCUUAGGUUCGAAUAAUAUAAAUUGGGUGGCCAAAUGAUCGAUUAUUUUUGUUUUCACCUUCACCCCCUCUUGCGGUUGCUAUCUUAGGGUGCAGACUCGAUAAUUAUCUUUGUACAUGUCAGAUGGCGGAAUGCAUGUACUAAGUUAUUACAGUAAUAGGGACGAAACUCCGAACACCCUUGUCGGAAAAGAAAGAGACAUCGGAGUUUGAUCCUAACAAGUCUGCAAAUCAUAGUUGAUAAUUUUGUACUACUUGGACAUGCUGCAUCCUCCUCAUUUCUAAAUAUUACUCCCUCCGUCCCAUUUUUACUGUUCA